AGACACUUUGUCUCUAUCCCCCCGGGGUGUUUGUGCGCGGGCACGCGGCGGCCAUGCUGGGUGCGGCGGGCUCCGUGGCGCGACGUCUGGCCAAUGUCUCACCGCCGCGCGUGCUUCUGCCGCUGCUGCUGGCUGCGCCGGUGGCCGUCGCGGCGCCUGGGGAGCUGGCGGCGCACGUGCAGUGCCAGGUCUGCGGCAUGGCGGUCGAGCAGGCUCGCGCGCACGCGUCCGAGGCCGGCAUCUCCGACGAGGACGAACAUGCUCGAGAGGCUGUGCUCCCUGAAGGGGAGGGAGGGGCGCUGGCUGCAGAUGCUCGACAUCACCAGCGGGGCGCCGCGGGGCCUGCUGGCCGAGCUUGCGGAGGCGGGGUUGGCGCGGCUGGCAGGGUGGCUGGAGCUGCUGGGCCUCGCCCCGCCCUCGUUUCUCCGCGCGGCGGGGGGCGCCGCGCGCGCCGCGCAGCAGGUGCCGCCGCGGGUGGUGCCGCAGCCGCAGGUGGGCGAGUGCCGUGGGGAGUGCAGGGCGCUGCACAGGGCCUGCGUCAGGGCCCUGAAGGGGAAGGAGGAAGCUCUGGUCGCCAUGCUGGCGCAGUCGAAGCCGGCGAAAUGCGCGAGAUCGUGUGCAAGAAGUCCUGCGACGGCAAGAGGCUACCGAAGCUCGGGGAGUGGGUUGACGAGGCCUUCGUCCCGAGGAACAUACAGGACCUCGAGACCGAGGACCUCAUCGCGAAGAUGCAGAUGGAGAGUCCUGGCAUUAGCAUGACAUCGUACAAGAAGGAGUGACAUGCUCGCGAUGUCGGAGGGCGACAUAGAGACCAUGGCCGCCCGGGAGGCGUACGCGUCCGCCAGGCAGGCCCAGCAGCAGGACGACCUGUGAGCCUCAGCCACGCCGCGCCGCCUCGGGGGCCCCUCUCUCGGUCCGCUCCUGGGCGCCUGGCGUCCGUGGGGGACGCGCCGCGCCGCCUUGAUGGCCCGUGGCCGCCCAGCGCCCAGCGGGGAGACGGCAUCGUCGUUCCUCUUUGCCUGCCUCGCUCGUCCUAUCAUGCCCUGAGAUCCUGUAUCAUGUCUUACCAUUUUACGUGCAAGGAGACGGCA